AUGGCAUCCCUGACCGCGUCUAUCCACCAUAAAGUUCUCUCGUUCCCGUCUGUUUCUUUCUCGCCGUUAUCGCGUCUUAACAGCUGCUACUCGUUCGCUUCGUCCUCCUCGAUCUGUCGUUCCCCCGCACAUCUCCUGCAUCGGCAAGUUCACCACAGUCAUUUCGCAUCUACAGCCGCACAAACCCUGGCCAAAGCUGCCUCCCCCACAGUCGCCGUCAGCAACCUGGCUCCCUCACGCCCUUAUUCCUCUGCCACCACUCGUCUGAGUCUCAUCUCACGACACCUCAACGAACAUCACCAAUCCUCGUACCCUCCGAUCAACACUCCCUACACUGCCGAACGAGAGUCCUUGCCUGCCUCGACCGACGACCUUCCCUACACACCUCUCCAACGAUCACCGUCUCACGUCCAGAAGAGACAGUUGUCCACCUCAGCAUCCAACAUGUCUACACAACCACCGCAUCCUUCGCUCUUGAUCCCGGGGCCGAUCGAGAUCACCGACGAGGUUUCCCAGUCUAUGAGCCACUAUGCCCAGUCCCACGUCGGACAACCUUUCGUCAACACCUUCGGCGAGACCCUGACUCUGCUCCGCGAUCUCUUCCAGACCAGCAACCCAGGCUCGCAGCCGUUUGUGAUUGCAGGAAGUGGCACUCUGGGUUGGGAUCUUGUGGCGGCCAACCUGAUCGAGCCGGGCGAGGAUGUUUUGGUGCUACACAGCGGUUAUUUCGCCGACUCGUUUGCCGAAUGUAUUGCGACCUACGGAGGGAAGCCGACCCAACUCAAAGCUCCUAUUGGCGACCGACCACAACUGCCGGAGAUUGAAGCUGCGUUGAAAGAGAAGAAGUACAAGGCCGUCACCGUCACCCAUGUCGACACCUCAACUGGCGUCUUGUCCCACAUCCAGCCUCUGUCCGAUUUGAUCCGUCGCGUUUCCCCCGACACGCUUCUGGUGGUUGACGGCGUCUGCUCGGUGGGUGGAGAAGAGCUGUACUUCGACAAGAUGUCGAUCGAUGUGGCCCUGACCGCCUCGCAGAAGGCCAUUGGCUGCCCGCCGGGUCUUUCCAUCGUGAUGGUGUCGGAGAAGGCCAUGAACGUGUUCAAAUCGCGCAAGUCUCCCCCGGGCAGCUACUACGCCAGCUUUAAGAACUGGUUGCCCAUCAUGCAGAACUACGAGGCCAAGAAGCCUUCCUAUUUCGCAACCCCUCCUACUCAGUUGGUCAAUGCCCUCAACACGGCCUUGAAGCAGCUUCUUUCCCAACCGAUUGAGGCUCGUAUCGCUCAACAUCACAAGAUCAGCCAAUAUGUCAAGUCCGAGAUCACGAAGCUGGGGUUGAAGCAAUUGCCCACAGACCCGGCCAACGCUGCCAACACCAUGACAGCCAUUUAUUUGCCCGAGGGAAUGACGCCUCCAGAGAUCUUGCCGAAAUUGAUGGCCAAGGGUGUCAUCUUUGCCGGAGGUCUGCAUCGGGAGAUCGCCACAAGAUACAUUCGUUUCGGCCAUAUGGGCGUGACUGCCAUGGAUGAGUCGAGAGGGGAGAUUGACAAGGCUAUCGAGGCUUUGAAGUCGGGUCUGGCCGAGGUGGAGAAGGCCAAGAAAUAA